AUGUAAUAUCCUUUUAUAUGUUUUAAAAAGUCAUAUUUUAACAUAUACAGGAAAAAUACUGUGUGUCAAUAGCAGUGACUAGUUGAUUUUCCAUAAGGUAAAGGUCAUCUGUUUAAAUAUUGUUCAAAUUAAGAAACAGAAUAUUCAGGGUCUUCUCUGAAGAAUUCCCUAUGAGCCUCUCCCAACCACCCCCUUCUCCUCCUGAAAGGCUACUUAUACAAAGACAUAAAAAAACAAUAUUACAUUGGGAACAAAACAUUCCUGAAAAUUCUCUCAGACUCCUGAUUUCAGACUAUUGAGAGUACUUCUCCAAUCAAGAAGUGGCCAGCCGCAUGUUAAAAGCAGUUUAACACUCCACCUAUUUUCUUCCCUUUCCGAAAUUCAAAGAGAAAAGAUGGAGAAAGGCUACUUGGUGACUGUUGUGGUCUUAAUAGGUGUAACCGUCCGGUGGACAGUUUCGCUUAAUUCUUAUUCAGGUGCUGGAAAACCCCCGAUGUUUGGUGAUUAUGAAGCUCAGAGACAUUGGCAAGAAGUCACUUUAAAUUUACCCAUCCAUCAGUGGUAUUUUAACAGCAGUGACAACAACUUACAGUACUGGGGACUGGAUUAUCCACCUCUUACAGCCUAUCAUAGUCUUUUAUGUGCAUAUGUGGCAAAGGUUAUUAAUCCAGACUGGGUUGCUCUCCACUCCUCCCGAGGAUAUGAGAGUCAGGCACACAAGCUCUUCAUGCGCACGACUGUUUUAAUUGCUGAUCUGCUGGUUUACAUACCUGCAGUGGUUGUGUAUUGUUGUCGUUUAAAAGAAACAUCAACAAAGAAAAAGAUCACCAGUUUGUUGUGUAUACUGCUGUAUCCAGGCCUUAUUCUUAUCGACUAUGGGCAUUUUCAGUAUAAUUCUGUGAGUCUUGGCUUUGCUUUAUGGGGUGUCCUUGGUGUGUCUUGUGACUGGGACCUGCUUGGGUCACUGGCGUUUUGUUUAGCAAUAAAUUAUAAACAGAUGGAACUGUACCACUCCUUGCCAUUCUUUUGCUUCUUACUUGGGAAGUGUUUGAAAAAAGGCAUCAGAGGAAAAGGGUUUGUGCUGUUCAUCAAACUAGCUUUUACCGUUGUGGCUUCCUUCAGUCUCUGCUGGCUGCCAUUCUUUACAGAAAGGGAGCAAAGUCUGCAAGUUUUAAGAAGACUCUUCCCACUGGAUCGUGGAUUGUUUGAGGAUAAGGUAGCUAAUAUCUGGUGUAGCUUCAAUAUCUUUCUAAAGAUCAAGGAUAUUUUGCCACGUCAUAUCCAGAUAAUUCUCAGCUUUUGUUGUACUUUUUUGAGCCUGCUUCCUGCAUGUGUAAAGUUAACACUACAUCCCUCUCCCAAAGGCUUCAAAUAUUGUCUGGUUAGCUGUGCACUAUCAUUCUUUUUGUUUUCUUUCCAAGUACAUGAAAAGUCCAUUCUUUUGGUAUCAUUACCAGUUUGCUUAAUUUUAAGUGAAAUACCUUUUAUGUCUACGUGGUUUUUGCUUGUGUCAACAUUUAGUAUGCUACCUCUUCUAAUAAAGGAUGGACUCUUGGUGCCCUCAGUUGUGACCGUGAUGGCCUUUUUUAUAGUCUGUGCGACUUCUUUUUCAAUAUUUGAAAAAGUUUCUGAAGAAGAACUGCAGCUGAAGCCCUUUUCCAUUUCUAUUAGGAAGAAUCUUCCAGGGUUUACAUUUCUCCCCAGAAUUAUACAAUAUUUGUUUCUAAUCUCAGCAAUCACAAUGGUCCUUCUGACACUGAUGACUGUCACGCUGGAUCCUCCUCAGAGAUUACCGGACUUAUUUUCUGUAUUGGUGUGUUUUGUCUCCUGCUUGAACUUCUUGUUCUUCUUGAUCUAUUUUAACAUUAUAAUAUUUUGGGAUUCCAAAAGCAGAAGAAAUCAGAAGAAAAUCAACUAGCUGUGCCCCCAAAUGAAUGUGAAAAUGUUGACAGCGGUCAAAGGUUUUGUGAACUUUCUUGCUGUGUAUACAUGUUCUUUUUUUGAGAAUCAUGAAUUAAUGGAAAGAAAGUAGUGAAGAUUGUCUACACUAAAUACAUACAGUGACCAAUGCCUUUUGGAAGUUUUUGUCUGCUUACUAUUGUGUGACCAAAAUGUAUUGUUGUUUUAUGAAUAUUCACAACAUUCAAGUAGAAAAAUAAUACAGAGACCCAAUUCCAGUGUUUAGGAAAUUGAUUCUGUAAUUUAUCAUCUUUAAAAAAAAAAAAAACAACCUGCAAAUUUAGUGAGUUUACUGGGAGAAUUUAACCUCCUUCCCUCUUGAGGAAAUGACUGAUUUUGAUACUCAGAUUUAGCUUUCCUACAUUUUAGAAUGGAAAUAAUGGGUAUUAUAUUGUUCAGAAGUUGUAACUCAGAAAUACAUUUGUAAUAUUCAAUUACGGUGAGAAAGCAAUUUAAAUUGAAGUUUGAAUACGCCUUAUUACAUUUGCAAAUUUAAUUUUUUGAUAAGAUUAAGCGGUGUUAAUUUAUUUCCAGUAAUGUUGAUUUACUUGAUUGCAAUUAAAGAACAGAUUUUCCUGAAUUAAAA